AUGCUAGAGGUACACACUCAGGUGUAUGGAACAGGAAGGAUGCAGAAAUUUCCCGAGAAUGAUUUCAAAAGUCUGUACGAAGAGGUGAUGAUGGCUCUUGGGUUUACUCACGAUCCGUUUACUGGGGUCAAGAAAAAUGGCGACCUCUUUUAUGGCUGGCAUCAGUACUAUAGUAACACCGACUGCAUCUGGAUGGCAAUUGAGUAUCACCCAGCAUGAAAUUCUAAUUUUUUAAUACUGAUGAGCAAGACUACUUUGAAAAGAAUUGAUUCCUAAUUAUUGAUAUUGAUAAUCAAGACUCCCGAUUUCAUAACACAGUCAAAUCAAAUUAACAUCCUUAUACCAGCCCUAGGGUACUGGGGAUUAAUAUCUCCUCACUCUCACCAACUAAGGAAGGCUUGGCAUUCGGGUCGUGAUAUACUGACACCUCCGUGAUAUCUUGAGUUGUCUUUUUGAGUGAAUUGAAGUACAUGCAACGAACGGCGGAAUGGCACCCAACUCGAAACAGCCUCUCAAUUUUUCCAAGUUUCUAAAGUCGAAGUGGCUCACGGACGCUCAAGAUUUUGAAGUUAAGAAACCCACUAUCGUUGUAAACAUUUCCAACUCGGAGGCAAUUAUUUCAGGGUCGCCACCGCACAAGGUUUUACGACCAAGAAAGUCGACCAUUCUUCGAGGUAAUUUGCGAGCCUUACUUUUGUAUGUAAUAAAAUGUCCAUCAGACCGUUACCCUUUAAAUUUAUAACAUUUAUUUACUAUGGUUAUAUUACGUUAGUAUAUUUUUCAAUGUUUUUGCGUGCCAUAUGCAAAUUUUUUACCUUACAUACGUGUCGUACUUGUUCUUGUUAUCGUGCUUUUUUGGUUUGUAAAUUCUUUGAGGAACUCGAAACAAACAUUUUAACGUGGAAAAGCCGUCUUUUCUCUCGACAUAGAGAUUCCCAAGCUCUCUUUUUCUUGACUUAGGGACAAUUUUCUUCCCGUUGCGUGACAUGUAUACAUUACAUUUCAUCACCGGGCUGGAAGCAACAUGAGAGGACAAAGGAACGUGGAUGAUAUGCGUGUAAAUUUUAGUUCCGCAUGGAAAGCCAAUAUUUUUACCCAUACGGGUAUUGCUAAUAGGGUGUUGCGUGAAGAAAUAUCUGGUUUAAAAAAAAAAAAACAUACUGUGUCGAAGACAACAUUCUAGUGUUUGUCAACAUAUUUAGUGAUGUUAAAUUUAAAUUUGAUUGUCUGUUCUAGCAUGAUCUCCCCCACCCCCACCUCCGAGCCCGAGAGGAUUUACUAAGAAGUAGAAACACAGCUAUCUCAAGAAUAGUCCUAAGACGGUAGGGUAGCUGUAAAUCCUUUGAAAACGACUUGCAAUUCGGUCAUGACUUGGCAUUAAAUGUCGCAAAAGUUGACAAAAGAGUCGCUUAAUUUAUGGAUGAAUUUGUGACAUUUUUGUGAAACUACACUUAUUGCUAUGCGUUGUCGUCGCGUGAGCGUCCUAAAACGUCCAUCGAAGGAGCUGUAUCUCCGAGAACUAGUAAAAACUAUAGGAAAAAAAUAAACUAUUAUAUACAACGGUUCAAGACCUUUCGCAGUGCAAUUUGUGGGCCACUCAUUGAAAACUCAGGUUCACAGAAGAUAAGUAAGGUCACAACACAAAACCAAUAUUCGUUUGAUUAACCUGCUAUGUCAUUUGCAUGAGCUCCAACCAAUCAUCUCGCAAUAAAACGGAAAAUAAAUGCCGUGCUUCGUUUCGCCUUUUCUUCCAUCGUUUUAAAGGCUCAACAAAGAAACAACGAGGGGCAAAAGAGUAUUAAAGAGUGAAAUCCUUUAUCCCUUCCAUUCUCCCUUCCUUGGUACAGCUUCUGGUUUGUUUCUGUGCAAAUUUCGCCAUGUAUUUACACUAGAAGGGAACUCUGUAACACAUCUGUAUUAUAAGGCGCGUUCACACCGGGAGCAGCCGAUUAAUCCACUCUUGUUCACGCUUGGUUGUUAGACUGACCGCGCCCAUUUUAUAGCCAACACGACUAGAACUGUUUAAUUGUAACAUUGUUUUACUAAGGUGUAAAGAUCGUCAGUGGAGAGUCUCUUGUCCUGAUUAAACUCCCGGAUGAAGACAAUCUUGGUGGCGUCAUCCUUGAUGAAGGAUGGUACCAGCUGUCAGCCCAGGACUCGACUUAUCCACGUGAUGUACCGCUAUAUAAAUCACCUCAAUUUGAAGUGGGAACAGUGGAAUUUGAUCCUUACAUAGUGACUGGAACAAAGACACCCAGCCAAGAAUGUGGUGUUUCAAAGUACAACAUCAAGGUAAACGUCUGGUUUAGCCCUGCUAAGACCCACUGCGGAAUUCAUAAUCACCACACAGACCCAGAGAUGCUGGAGGUACACACUCAGGUGUANUGAUUAAACUCCCGGAUGAAGACAAUCUUGGUGGCGUCAUCCUUGAUGAAGGAUGGUACCAGCUGUCAGCCCAGGACUCGACUUAUCCACGUGAUGUACCGCUAUAUAAAUCACCUCAAUUUGAAGUGGGAACAGUGGAAUUUGAUCCUUACAUAGUGACUGGAACAAAGACACCCAGCCAAGAAUGUGGUGUUUCAAAGUACAACAUCAAGGUAAACGUCUGGUUUAGCCCUGCUAAGACCCACUGCGGAAUUCAUAAUCACCACACAGACCCAGAGAUGCUGGAGGUACACACUCAGGUGUAUGGAACAGGAAGGAUGCAGAAAUUUCACGAGAAUGAUUUCAAAAGUCUGUACGAAGAGGUGAUGAUGGCUCCUGGGUUUACUCAUGACCCGUUUACUGGGGUCAAGAAAAAUGGCGACCUUUUUUAUGGCUGGCAUCAGUACUAUAGUGACACCGACUGCAUCUGGAUGGCAAUUGAGUAUCACCCAGCAUGA